AUGCCGCGGAACAGGAGAGGGAAGAGAAGUAGGAGAGAGAAGCUCGAGGCGCCUCCUCCUCCGCGAAAGGGACGCGGGUAG